AACAACACUGACAAUGCGGUUGAUUCUACCUUACGCCUUCGGCAUGGUCCCCUGCUAAUUUACGCCCCUCAGCUUCUUCUUUAUGGCACCCAGAGACUGAUCUGAUACUCUUCACGUUGAUUGCAACUCUCUCUCUCUCUCUCUCUCUCUCUCUCUCUCUCUCUCUCUCUCUGCACCAAGUGAUUUCUGAGCAAAUUGUCUCUUUUUCGGCUGAUUGACCGAGCUAUUAUGAGGAAGGUUAAGGGAAGAGGGUCCAUCUUUCUUCAACUCCUGCUUACAUUUUUUGUUUUCUUCAGCUUUGUGGACAGUGGAAAUGCUGGUGUCACAAGUACAUUUAUUCGUUCGGAGUGGCCAUCAGUAGACAUUCCUCUCGAUGAUAAAGUUUUUGCAGUUCCUGAGGGCCAUAAUGCACCACAGCAAGUACACAUUACACAGGGUGACUACGACGGGAAGGCUGUCAUAAUCUCAUGGGUAACAGCUGAUGAACCAGGAUCCAGCCAAGUACGAUAUGGCACAUCAGAGAAAAAUUAUGGCUUUUCUGCAGACGGGACAGUGACAAACUACACCUUUUACAAUUAUAAAUCUGGCUAUAUCCAUCAGUGUCUUGUUGAUGGCCUUGCGUACAACACAAAGUACUAUUACAAGAUUGGAAAUGGUGAUUCUGCUCGGAAAUUUUGGUUUCAAACACCUCCAGAGAUUCAUCCAGAUGCUCCUUACAAAUUCGGGAUUAUAGGUGAUCUGGGCCAAACAUAUAAUUCUCUUUCCACAGUUGAGCAUUACAUGCAGAGUGGAGGAGAGGCUGUUUUGUUUGUUGGAGAUCUUUCUUAUGCUGAUCGAUAUCAAUAUCAUGAUGUUGGUGUUCGUUGGGAUACAUGGGGUCGUUUUAUUGAAAGAAGUGCUGCAUCUCAGGCCUGGAUUUGGGCUGCUGGAAAUCAUGAAAUAGAUUACAUGCCAUACAUGGGGGAAGUUACUCCUUUCAAAUCGUAUCUCCAUAGAUACCCUACACCGUAUGCAGCCUCUAAAAGCAGCAAUCCUCUCUGGUAUGCCAUCAGACGUGCAUCUGCCCAUAUAAUUAUCCUAUCCAGCUAUUCUCCAUUUGUAAAAUAUACUCCACAAUGGAGGUGGCUUCAAGAAGAAUUUAAAAGGGUGGAUAGAGAGAAGACACCUUGGCUAAUUGUUCUUAUGCAUGCCCCAAUUUACAGCAGUAAUGAAGCACACUUCAUGGAGGGAGAAAGUAUGCGAGCUGUGUUUGAGUAUUGGUUUGUCAAACACAAAGUUGAUGUAGUCUUUGCUGGCCAUGUCCACGCUUACGAGAGAUCGUAUCGCAUCUCAAACAUACACUACAAUGUAUCGGGUGGUGAUCGCUAUCCUGUACCAGACAAAUCAGCUCCUGUUUACAUUACUGCUGGAGAUGGAGGAAAUCAGGAAGGUUUGGCUGGAAGGUUUAGAGAUCCCCAACCUGAUUAUUCUGCAUUUCGGGAAGCCAGUUAUGGGCAUUCUACAUUGGAAAUAAAGAACAGAACACAUGCACUUUACCAUUGGAACCGCAACGAUGACGGAAAAAGAGUGCCAACUGACUCAUUCAUAUUGCACAAUCAGUUUUGGGCAAACAAUCGGCGGAGGAGAAAACUCAACAAAAGACACCUCCACUCAGCCAUUGCAAAUGUGCCACUUAGUGAGAGAUUAAGAAGGUGCGCCUAAUGUACGAACACACUUUCAAGCAAGGGAAAGUAGCUGUCAUGAACAUUUGGUCCCUAUGUAUGCACAGGAAACCUUAUGUGAUGCUGUAAUGACUUUGUUAUUCAUGAUAUUAUGUGUUUUUUGAAAGGGGUAAGAAGCUUGAGUACGAAAAUGACUCAUAGAAUAAGUCGGAAAAACGAGCAGAGUGAACAUAUUUUGGAUCAGAUGUCAUUUGUUGUUGAUUUGGAAGUAAACGACAGACAUUGCAGAUUCAGCUGAACUCAUUAAUUCGACAUCAGCCAGGCUGACAAUUUUGCUCUUCAGACACACUGAUGCUGUCUU